AUGUUGUUUAUGAUCCAUCAGGUGUCUAAGGACAGGAUGUUCAGGAACCACAGCCCAUAUGGGUCUGAGACCAGCAGCUUCUUUUCCGUUCAGUCCAAUGGUUUUUCCACCAUGGAUGAAUCUGCUUCUCAAAUAUCAAACAUCUCAAGACCAAGCGCAAAGGCUGUUUACUUGCAGAGGCUCCGGUACGCACAUUCAGUCAACAAGAUGUUGGAAACAAUAGAGCACAGAGUGGAGCAUUUAUUUACUUGUGACCUAAAUGGGAGGGAUUUGAAAAACAUCGCAGAUUGUGUGGAGCGUCUGAAGGUUCUGGAUCAUACGGGUCGCAUUUGGGGUCAGGAAAUGUCGCUGGAGGUUCAUGGUUCAAAUCUGCUGCUAAAAGACUUUGAAACAAAGGAGGAGCUGGAGACCUUCUCUCUCAGUGAAGUGAAGGAGAUUAAUUCCUCUCUGGAUUCUGAGGCCUUUGACUCUCUGCUCAUCGUGUCCGUCCAGAACAGGAGAAAACCAGCCACCUCUGUCCUCCUGUUUCAGUGUGAAGUUGUCAGGGCUGAUUAUGUUGAAAAGGAUCUGAGACGAGCUCUGUUAGAGAAAAGUGAGAGUUCACGCCUCAGCAAUGGACAUUUUGCGGGAGAACAUGAAAGAGUGAGACGGACUGAUCACUCUGUGCCGCCGUUGACUUCACCUGACAACGGCGAGGAUGAUUAUUCUGAGCCUGAACUGAAUCUGCAUCGUUACCGGGAGGAAGAGGAUUUCCCGACACCCCUGCCUACCACUCCAUUACCUCCACCUCGGCCAUACACAGAACUGGACAGGGAUGUGGACAUUUUAAAUCACAUCAUAAAUGACAUUGAGAUCUUCAUGGGAAGAAUAGCAGCUGCUGAGGCCAAAAAUGGAAAGAAAAAGAAGAAAAAGAAAAAAGGGAAAGGAGUAGAUGGGAUACUGCCUGAUGAAGAAUUUAUAGACUGCCUCCAUAAAAUCAAAUGCGGCUUCAACCUUCUGGGGCAGCUCGAUGGAAAGAUAAAUAAUCCUGGCGCUCCAGAGUUCGUCCACUCCUUGUUCUCAGCAUUAGCAUUCGUUUGCUCUCACUGCUCUGAAUUACUGCCUCCAUCCAUUGUGGCCCCGCUGUUCACUCCUCAGUGUAUCCGUCUCCUGAGUGAAGAGGCCUCCCAAGAGGAGGACCAGCUGUGGCAGUCUCUGGGAGACUGCUGGAAUAUUCCCAGUACCAAGUGGCCAGAGGAGGAUGAGGACAUUCCUACCUACAUCCUGAAGUUUUAUGAUGGCUGGCAGCCCCCUGAGGUGAAUGCAGAGGCUCCACCAAGAGAGCUGGAUAGCAGACAGGAGAGUCCACGGCCUUCAGCAGGCUUUGAACCUUUACAGUCAGAGGGGCACAGCAGACAAGAGCCGACUUAUGCCAAGUGGAAACGACCUGAACGACAAAAAUCACAGCCUGUCCAUGCAAAAAAAAAUGAAAUGCGAGUUAAGUAUGACUUCACGUCGAGAAACCACAGAGAGCUCACCAUCACUAAAGGAGAAAUAGUUGAGCUCCUGGACAAGUCAAAGCAGUGGUGGAAAGUGAGGAACAACAGAGGGGAGGAAGGUUACGUACCAAACAACGUCCUGGAAGAUGUUGACAGUCCGUCAUAUGAGGACUUUCCAGCAUCUCCUGUCCUGACGAGGAGAUCUAAUCCAGCAGAGGUGAAAGCCUGGCUUGAACACAUGGAAUUUAACAAAAUCACUGUGCGCUGCCUGGGCGUCCUGAGUGGCUCCAUGCUGCUGGGGAUGAGCAGAGAGGAGCUGAAGACUGUGUGUCCAGAGGAAGGAGGGCGAGUCUUCUUCCAAUUACAGGCAGUCAGAUCCACCCUGGCAUGACGCAAGUUAAAGAAUCCACCCAGCUGGUGAAGAAGAGGAAAACAUUCUAGAUACUGAAAGCAAAUAAGAAGCAACUGGCUAGAAUAAAGAAGCUUUCGUUCACAUGUGAACACACUGCACUUUCUGAAAACAGUAAUUUAUCAUAUACUUUAUGUUAAAAAUGUCACAUAUAUAUGUCACUAUUUUAAGUCACAAUGUAAUCUCUGUUAUGUGUAUGAAGUUAUGAAUCUUAACAAUAAGCUGAUAGGAAGCAAACCAUCUGCUGCAAAAUGAUUUCUAAAGUCUACCUUGUUUUGUUUGUGAUAUUUACUGGGGCAAAUAUAUUACUAUAAAUAAAUUACUAAUAUAUGUUAACUAUAAA